AUGAAGUCUUUCUCGACCUUGGCAGUAAUUGCCGGCUUCCUUAGCGAAUCCGCAUUUGGCGCACCUUCAUUUGCAAGACGGCAAAACUCGACGACUAGUUGGGCUGCUCAGAAAUGGGAUGCCAUAGUCGUCGGUGCUGGAACAGCUGGGAUCAUCGUAGCUGAUAGGUUAAGUGAAGCUGGAAAGAAGACUCUUCUAGUAGAGCUUGGUGGUGCUUCGUACGGAGUUACGGGAAGCACAGAGAGGCCGGCAUGGCUCGAUGGAACGUCGCUAAGCCGCGUUGAUGUGCCUGGAUUAUACAAGAGUAUCUUCAAUGGAAAUACAGAUAUCCUGUGUCCUCCAGGUGUCGUGAACUCUUUUCAAGCAUGCACCAUUGGUGGGAACAGUGCUAUUAAUGCUGGUCUGUACUUCCAGCCUCCAGCCUCUGACUGGGAUGAUUAUCAUCCAGAGGGAUGGAAGAGCGCCGACGUCGAGGAUGCGACACAGAGACUACUAGACAUGCAAGCUUCGAUAACAAGCUACUCAACAGACGGCAAGUUCUACAUGCAAACUGGGUAUGAGGCAGCAAAGAAAUGGCUUGUUGACGGAGCUGGACUAUCCGAGGUAGUGUUCAACGAAACCCCAGAUAAUAAGGACAUGGUCUUCGGGCGACCAUCCUACAACUACAUUGAUGGCCAACGAGGUGGCCCAACCAGGACAUACUUACAAAAUGCCCUAAAGAGAAGUAACUUCCACCUCCAGACAGGUGUUCACGUUAAACACAUCAAUCAUAUCAACGGCAUAGCUUCCGGAAUUACUGCCGAAGUUGAUGGUUCAUUAUUAGAAAUCAAUCUUUCUUCCUGUGGUCGAGUGAUUCUGAGCGGAGGCGCUAUUGCUUCCCCGGGUCUCCUGAUGCAUUCUGGUAUUGGUCCUCUCGAAACACUCGUCAACAUGACCGCAUCUGGGUUCCUGUCUCUCAACUCCACAAGUUGGGUCCCUAACCCAUCAGUUGGCGAGGGUCUUUUCGAUAACCCUAACACCUUCAUCGAACUUACCGGACCAGAAAUCGAGUCGUACGUUCACGACUACAACAAUCCCAUCCCUGCGGAUAAAGAUAUGUACCUAUCAUCACGUAGUGGUCCCUACGCUUCCGCGUCUCAGACUUCUGCUUUCUGGGCGUACAUGCCCAAUCCCGAUGGUACUAAGACCGGAGUCCAAGGUACAAUCGACUCAUCUGGCCACGGGGGAUUUGUAGACAAUAAGACCAUCACGCUUAACAUCUAUGGUACCUCAGGUCUAUAUUCGGCAGGACGUGUUAUCUUGUCUGAUGACGGAAAGUUCAUACCAGGUCCCAGUUCUGAUGUCUACUACAGCGACCCUCGUGACAGUGAGAACAUUGCAAAGUUCAUCCAUACCAUCUUUCAAGCUCUGCCAUCCUCAACGCCGGACUCGCCAGCUACCGAUGGUCUCACUCCGCUUAACAUUCCUCAGAAUUCGACCCAAGAGGAGAUCCGUACUUAUAUUACGACGUGGUCUGACUACGCAGUCGGCUCUGUCCAGCAUUGGUCUAGCUCAUGCAGGAUUGGGAAGUGUGUAGAUGCAGACACGAAGGUCAUUGGCACCGAUAACAUUUAUGUCGUUGAUGCCUCGAUCAUUUCCCCGCUGACUGUUAACCCGCAGUUCGGUGUGAUGGUUGCGGGAGAGAAGGGUGCGGAAAGGAUAUUAGAAACCUGGUAA